AUGUCGAUCAACACAACCGUCAUGGAGCUUGACGCCGCCAACGCCUUACUACAACUUCAGUGCGUCCCGGGGUGUGCUAAGUUGGAAAUAGAGGGCGCUGCCACAUUGUUUUUGAACUGCCUGCCUACUCCCCAGACUCCGAUCAACAGUCCGUUUCUUAACCCAAUUACAUACAAAAAACAAAAAUAUGCACAGAAAUAUAGACACGCUACACCCGCCCACUCAAGACAAGACAAUCGCAAGAUAAAACAGCAACCAGAGACGAAAAAGACUCCACAAAAGAACCGUUUAAACGGUUACGUAUCCCAUUCUGAACCGAAUAAUAUAGACCAGAAAAUUACUCGUGAUCAGGGAACUCAAACCGAUGAAGAUAAGACAUUAAUUUCAGAAUUGUAUGCGACGAUUCAUUCCUUACGCAAACAACUACGGGAAAGUCUUAAGAAAUCACACCCUUCUAGAGUUGAAAAGGUGGAUCCUGAUGUAUCGACUGAUGUGCUGAAGAUCAAACAGCUUAAUCAGCAGGAUAUCCAAAACAAUAGGAGAAACUACAAGCGUAGCACAAGUUCUUGCAUUACGGCCAAUACUCCAAAUUCGGACACGGAUGCAUCUGACGAAGAGUGGAAGCCUAACGAUGAUUACAGGCCAAGCAAGCAAACUAUUAAUGAGAUGAUGAAACCCAAGGGAAAUGAGAUGGUCCCAAUUGGAGAAGGAUACGCCACAGUGCCUGCUAGAGUUCUAAAGCAAAUUGAUUGGAACUCACACACCAGCGCGACAAGGAAACUGUUAACUUCAGUAUUUACACGCCGAGUAUUAGCCACUCAUUCUUUGACCGGGAAAUCAUCUCCCGCAUUCCCGAACAAACCUGCAAAGAAACGUCUCGAUCCAGAACUUGUUAAUGACAUCGUGCAAGUUGUUGUCGAAAAAUCCGGAGUUAAUGCAAGCUUGGUUCGAACCAGUAUAACUACUAAAUGUGCUGAUGAGAGCAAAAUGUACCGCAGUCGCCAACAGAAUAAAAAUAAACGGAUGUCGAACCAAGAAAAUCUUCCUCCAUCACCGUACAAUGAUACUUCCGAUGAUACGGAUUGAUAAUACGAUUUACGGUUUCUGUUUGGUAUUAAGGAUUAUCUAACACUGGAUUUUAAUGGCAUGUAACAAUUUAUUAGCUAACCUGAAACCUACUUUUAGGCCCUUUGAGUCAUUAGUUAGAGUAGUUAUUCAGAUUCCUAUUUCGUACAUUUAUAAAUUAUAAUGAAUUUAGAAUAUAAGAUUAACUAACUAGUUGUAAAUUAAUAAUAUAAUGUGUGUAUUGUAAGACAAUAAUGCAAUACCGAAACGCAA